AUGACUUGGCCCCCUUCUAACCCUGUCACUGAAGCCGCCCCUGCAUCUAUAUAUCAUGUGUUGGUGUAUCUUCCGGUGUUUUACAACAAGUUCUACAAGUGCGUGCUCAACAACUGUUCAGAAUCAGACACUGUAUUGUUGCUGUCGCCACUGUACACUGAAUACCAGGGACAUGUGAUGAGCGUCGGGUCCAACGCGGUGGAGAAAUGGGUCGACACCAACCUACAGGUCGAGUCCAAGCUGGGCCAGUCGUAUAUCAGUCUAUACGCACUCAAGAACAGACCUGAGCUGUGCAACGAGAUCGUCGCGCUAAUGGACGAGCAGUCGGUGGUCGGGCUGCACUUAAAGGUCGUGUCCACGUUCCUCGCCGAGCCAAUCAAGCGGAAAUGGUUCACCGAGGUGCUGGACAACCAUGUAAAACUCCGCGAAGUUAACCUCUGA